AUGAAGAUAACAGGGGCCGUUCUGCUCUUCGCUCUGGCACUUUGCUGCUUCUACUCGGCUCAGUUAAUACAGCUGGUACAAGAGCUGACAUCCCCAGUGGCACAACCCCAUACCAGACCAUUUGAAAAGGCUCGUCUCAUUCUGUCUGUAUGUUUUGUUCCAGAUGCUGCUGGCCAGGCUGGUAAGGGUUUCUGCAGCGAGUACAAGGAGCCUCCAGAAGGCUGCACCAGGGAGUACUUCCCUAUCUGUGGCACUGAUGGGAAAACAUACAGCAACAAAUGCGUCUUUUGCACAGAAGUCUAUAAAUACCUUGGAAGUCUUUGCUUUAAGCAUUAUGGAGAAUGCAAGUCGCACGAUGAGGCCAAGCAAAGAGAAGACCUUUAGCACUCAGUUCCCACUAGCAGAUCCCCGCAUG